GCGCCACCCACAUCACGCGCCAAGAACUCCUCAAAAGAAGGUCUUACAAGCUAAAACAACUCUCAAAAUGCUUCAAAGAUCAUUACUGGGCAUUAAUGGAAGAACUCAAGAUUCAGUACAGAGAGUACUAUUGGGAAUAUGGUGUCAGCCCUUUUCAAGAAGACCACCAAAACACCCUUCAAAAACAAGAACAGCAGAAACAGGGUGGUGGGAUUGGCGUUCUAGAGAGGGAGAAUGAAGAGAGUGGGGCUAAUAUUGAAGUUAUUGGUGAAAAUAACACUAAUGUUAGUGAUUUGAAGAGUAAUCAUAGGUGUCUGUUUGUUGGGUGUAAGUUAAAGGCUAUGGCUUUGACAAGUUUUUGUCAUCUUCAUAUACUUUCUGAUGCAAAGCAGAAGCUCUACAAGCCUUGUGGUUAUGUUAUCAAAAGGUUUUGUUUUGGUUGGUCCACCGGAUGAUAAUUUCGUCAGUGUCUUUAGCAGAAUUAGUGGUAAGUUUACUGUCUUAUUUUAGAGAGGGGUAGCUAUAACAGACAUGGUGUGUUGCAGGUUUCCUUUUUCAGCCUUUACUUUCUCUGAUUGCUCAGGUUUUUGUUUUGUUUUCCAACUUUUUUUUCUCUCUAACCUUGCUUGACCUGUGCCUUUGUUGUUUGUGCUUUGCUCUGUUAGUGGCUUUAGUUUUUAAUAGUUUAGUUAAGGAGGGCCUGCUGUGGCCUUUGUCAGCCCCUUUCAAGUUUGCUAUUUUUCUUUGUCCUUGAUUGCAGUUUGUGUUUUUGUUGGUUUUACUUGCAUUUAUGCUUGGUUUAUGGAUUUUGAUAGAUGCUCUCAUAAUUUCUCCCUACUGUUGUGCCCUGCUUUAUCGAUUUAUAAGAGUGGGUUGAAAAGAGAUGCGAGGCAAAAUCUUUUGCAGGUAGGACUCUUUAUCCUGCUGUUCCCUUGGUUGAAACAGUCAAUGUUUGCAUUUUUCUUUUGUGUUUAUAGUCAUUUACUCAGGGACAAGGGCUGUGAUGGCACCUUUGAAUGUCAACUGUGGAACUGUCCUGGUUGGUUUUCAUUUCAUGAACCAUGCACAAUGAUGUUUGGUUGCUUGCUUAGCCUAUGCUUCCUUUUUUUCCACACCUAUGUUUUUUCUUCGAGUUUCCUGUUGUUUUUUGGCUGACCCGAGUGCUUUUAUCCUCGGCUCCUGCUUUUUGCUGUGCUGGUGAGCCUCCCCAAUCCUCUCCUUUGUACACUAUUCCUUUGCAUUCUUUUUAGGUCUGCAUAAUUAUCAACCUUCUUAGA